AUGCUGAUCAGCCUAAGACUCCACACAAAUAGGUUCACCGGCCAAAUUCCUCUGGAACUCUCUAGGCUCUCGCUCCUUCAAGCCCUUACAUUGAAUGAUAAUGCAAUGGAAGGUGAAAUUCCACAUGAGUUUUUUCAAUUAAAACAACUCAACAUUCUUAAGUUGCAAAAUAAUCAGUUUAGAGUUCCAAUCUCAGAGUCUUUUUCUGAAUUGAAGCUUCUUUCAACUUUAAUCCUAAGUGGAAACAAUUUCCAAGGGUCCAUUCCAAGACACAUAUUUGAACUAAGCCCACUGUUAUCCCUUGAUAUCUCCAACAACAAUUUAACCGGGCCAAUAAUAGUAGGCAUGAAAAGCUCACUAAUGUACCUGAACCUAUCACACAAUUCUUUCACAGAAACAAUUCCUGAAGAUAUUGGUAAACUGGAGAAGGCAGAAGUCAUCGACAUCUCAACUAAUGAUUUGUCAGGAACAAUUCCUGAAACAAUUAAGAAUUGCAGGAACUUACUCGUCCUUGAUAUGUCAAAUAACAAGCUAUCAGGCCCCCUUGGUGAAAUAUUCUCUGAUAUGGAGUACCUCACAAACUUAAACCUAUCACAAAACCAAAUCAAGGGUAAGAUUCCGGCUAAUUUGGCAAAUUUAAAACAUUUAAGUGCAGUUAACCUUUCAUGGAACGACUUGGAAGGUGAAAUCCCUCAGAAUUUCAGUGUUCUCUCCAGCUUAAAACAUCUGAACUUAUCUCACAAUCAACUUGAAGGCCCUGUUCCGCAAUCUGGUGUAUUUAAGAACAUGCCAGAAUCCAACUUAGCAGGAAACAAAGGUCUAUGCGGAACCAAAUCUCUUGGUCUGUGUACCAAAAGAAGCCAUGGCCAAUCCCGACACAGUCUGUCAAGGAAAACGCGGCUGAUUAUGAUACCUCUAGUUUGUAUUUCAGCAUUGCUACUUUUUCUAAUAGCAAUCAUGUCUUAUAAACAUUACCAGAAUAAAAGGAAACUAAAAGAACAUGAGACUUGUAACGUAGAUUACACUGCAGCUUUAGUCCUUCAAAGAUUUGAAACAAAAGAUAUAGAAACAGCAACUGAAUUCUUUAGUGAACACAACAUCAUCGGCAGCAGCAAUUUAAGCACCGUGUACAAGGGCAGAUUGGAAGAUGGACAGAUCGUAGCUAUAAAAAAAUUGAACUUGCAGCAAUUUGCAGCAGAAUCUGACAAGUACUUCAAUAGAGAAGCGAAGAUUUUAAGUCAGCUGAGGCACAGAAACUUGGUAAAAGUCAUUGGUUAUGCAUGGGAAAGCAGGAAAUUGAAGGCUUUAGAUCUUGAAUACAUGGAGCAAGGAAAUUUAGAAAAGAUCAUCCAUGAUCCUUCAGUAGAUCGCUCAACAUGGAUCCUGUCAAAGAGAAUUGAUGUUUGUAUCUCAAUUGCUGAGGCCAUGUUUGUAAUUCUACCCCUAUGUCAGUUUUUAUUACAUGUAAAAGUCUUAAUCUGCCUACAUUAAAUGCUCAUUACAAAACUAGCAACAAAUAUUUGCGCUUUUCCUAUUUUCAAAUACUAAUUAGUCGAGAAAACUUUAAUCAUUAUUCAGUCUACGCACUCCACCCAUUGAAAUAAAUAUACGGAAAAAAAAAAAACAUCAUAACUAUGUCAUCUAAUAACUCUGUAGGAAGAAUGUCACUGAUGUUAUGUCCGAAAGCACAAAAACUGUGUGAUUCUAUGAUGGGUAGUCGCUCCAUUUCUCAGAAAUCAUCAAUCCCUACAUCUAACAACUAUUACAAAAAAAGUACGGAUAAUUUAUUCAUUGAUUCAGAGGGAACAUAUUGCAAAUAGAAUACAGAAUCAGAACAAGAAAACCUCAUACUAGCCAAAGCACCUACUAUAGUUAUAUAAUUUUCAAAAGUUAUUCGUUGCAUUCAUACGUUCAGCAUAGCACUUAAUUUAGUUAAGCUACACAUACUUGAGUUUCCAUCACCCAGUUCAACACAUGAAGACAUCCAAGCAGCAUAAACUUUGAUAAAGUAAUUGUCAAAGCUAAUUUUGGCAUUGUUCAAGUGAUAUUUGAUGUGAUGAAGUCCUUCGCUUUCUGAUGAAAACAUGUUGCACUGUCAAUUUAUCAUAAAACAAGUCUCUUAUUCAGCCGUAACUGUUUUUAUCUGCAGAAUUUGCAUAUAUGAGGACUGUUACCGCCAAAGUUGAUAUAUUCAGCUUCGGAGUAAUAAUCUUGGAGUACCUUACAGCACAAAGGCCAACAGGUCUUGCAGAAGAGGACGGAUUACCAGUCACCUUGAACCACAUUGUAGAAAGGGCCAUUGCAGAAAACAAACUACUUCAGGUUAUAGACCCAGCUCUAGUUUCAAACCUUACUGAAAAUCAAGAUAAGGUAGCAGAAGAGCUUCUGAAACUAGCCCUCUUCUGCACCUCGUCUGCUCCUGAACAACGACCGGAUAUAAAAUCUCUGCUAACUUCACUAAAAAAGCUUAAGGUACAGCAGAGUCGUCAAGAUUGGCAAUAAUGCUCAACUAGAUUGGAGUAUGAAAUGAUGCUAUUUAUUUCUUUGAUUCUUGGAUUAAAGAACAUAUACCACAAGACGGAACAAUGGAGCAUUAAUAUUGUUAUGAAAAAAUAAACCUCAACCAUGCUUUUCCUUUACCAACAGUUUAUGUAAUUUGAUAAAAUUAUGUACACCAUUAAUCAUAUCAUCUUUUAAUCAACAAUAAUUUAUAAUCAUGUAUGCUUUUGCUUUAUUGAAGAAAGUGUGCAUAUUAUGUUCAAGCAUAUCCGACUUUUCUUAGAAUAUUAUAAAUUGACAGUCAGAAAGAAGGUUCAACUAAACAAAAUUACCAGUCUCCCUUACAUACUCCAGGGCACAAAAACAGAAUUAAUGAAAAAAAGGGCA